ACAGACUGCAGAAUACGCGACGGCGACACUGAGAAGAGCAACUACUGAUAACCGACGCACCUGUUGAGCUUACAUUUGAAAUAACGCAUGACGGAAAUUUUUCGGUAGCCAAGAGCAGAAACACAGAACAGAUUCAUUAGGACGUUUAAGAGCUGAAGAAACGCCAAGACACGAGCUUUGCAGGAAAGGAACACCCCACCAGUAUGAAUGAGGGCGAGGUGAUCGACGAUCUCUUCAACAAGCUGGGUGCCUUUGGCCGGUACCAGAUCCGCACCCAGUUUCUGGUGAUGAUUCCCUUCGUAAUCAGCGCCGUGCAGGCCAUGAGCGUCGUCUUCAUACACUACACACUGCCCCAUAGAUGUGCAAUCCCAGGCCUACCAAACGACACGUACGAAUCCCAGGGUCUGUGGCAUGACGAACUGAUCAACGCCUCUAUUCCUGGCGGCACGGGCCUCGAGGACGCGCACUCUAGCUGUUAUUUGUAUGUCCCACACAACGGCACCGCUGCCACCAGUGUGAACAGUACCCAGGAGAAGUGCAGUAGCUGGGUGUAUGGUAAAACAAUGAUGGACGUUACCGUUCAGUCCGAGCUCAAUUUUGUCUGUGAUAACCGGCCUAGGGAGACCGUGGCCCAGAUGGCACAUUUCAGUGGACAGAUGGUGGGCCCGCUGUUCUUUGGUCUGCUGGCAGAUAGGUUUGGUCGAAAACCAAUAUAUCUCAUAUCUACGUUGCUGGGGGCUCUAUUCGGGGUGUGCUCGGCGUUUGCUCCCGACCAUCAUUCAUUCGCCUUCAUGCGCUUCGUGGUCGGCCUCUGCAUCUGUGGAACAUUCGGGGCGGGGCUGAACCUCAUUCUUGAACUGGUCGGCACAUCAAAAAGAAUGCUGGUGGGUAUUAUGGUUGAAUACAGCUGGAUCGUCGGCUCAGUUUCCACUGCGGGACUAGCAUAUUCCGUGAAAAACUGGAACCAUCUCCUCCUCAUAGCCUCGGUUCCGAUAUUCAGCAUUAUUCCUUAUUUUUGGAUUAUACCCGAGUCCCCAAGAUGGCUUCUGACGUCAAACAUCAAAGGCAACAGAGAAAAAGGAAAAAAACUCAUGAAAUACAUAUCGGAAGUCAACGGUCGCCCCCUGGUGGAGAAAGAUUUCGAGGUCCUGGACAACACGUGUAGGGAGAUCGUGGUGACUGACCAGGGCGGGUUGAGGAUCCUGAAGUCACCACGGAUAGUGAUGACUCUGUUGGUUGUCAUCAUGAAUUGGUUUUCCGUCAGUCUCGGGUAUGCGGGGAUCAGUCUCAACAGCGGCAAGCUGCCGGGAGACUUGUACGUCAACUAUGUCCUCAUCCAAGUGGUCGACCUCCCCGCCUUCACUAUGUUGUUCACCAUGGAUAAAUUAGGAAGAAAAAUCCCUCACAUCCACGGCAUGUUGUUAGCUGGCCUCUCGCUGCUGGCAACUGUGUUAGUUGAUCUGUAUGCUGACAAAGACAUCUCAUCAACUCAAGCUAUCUACGUUGCCCUAAAUGUUAUUGGUAAAAUAGGCGUGGCCUCUGCCUACGGCGACAUCUUCAUUUGGGCGGCUGAAAUGUUCCCAACGGCGGCAAGGAACCGUUGUUAUGGUGUAGUGAGCACUAUUGGCCGCCUGGGGGCAGUAGUGUCGCCGAUAAUUGUGAACGAGGCAAGGUUUGAGGGACCCAUAGGCAAUUCUAUUCCGCUGUUGAUAUUCGGCGUGCUCUGCGUGUGUACGGGGCUCCUGGCGGUUCUGCUUCCGGACACCGCCAACAAGCCUCUUCCUGAGACCAUAGAGGAAGCCGAGAACUUGACCAAAUUUUCAAGGAAAAAAUCCACAACAGCUGAAACUACCGCCAAAAACGGAAAUCUCAUCGUGAAGAUUCCAAGCACCAAAGAAAUCGAGGACUACCACCUGACGUCAUUGUAACGUCACAAUGGAUUCCUACGCACAAACAAACAGAUAUUCUCAGAAAACACUGCCAAUGAAAGCGAAUGAUUAUUGAAAUGGUUAUUGUGUCUGCCUGUAUAACUUGGACGGACAGAAAACACACACAGGCGGACGAACAGACAAACGAACAUACAGACAGACAGAUAUUGACAAUCGGACAGACAGACAGACAGACGGGCAGACAGACAGACAGACAAAAAGAUAGAUGUAUAGAUGGAUACAUGACUAGAUGGAUGAAUUGACGUACGGAAGCAGAUCAAGCGGACGGACAGAUCUAGACAGAAAGUACAAUCUUAAUGGUAGAUGGAUAUUUUCAAUACAUUCCACACUUGUUACACACCGUGAUAUAUCAAGAUAUCCAAAUAUACUUUUAUGUUGUUCCAUCAACAUAUUUACGUUCGGAUAACUUCGGCCGAUUCCGUACUUCCAUUCGUGUAAGGAGACACGAGAGUCAUCAGCUGAUUAUGACCGAAUACUAGUUAAAAGUUCUACUCAGUAAAUUGUCUUGUGCUAUU